AAACAGAUGAAGCGUUCUCUCAUCCCUGAAUUCUCCAGCAGGCACUCGGAAUGAUGAUAGUACGGAAAUGCUGGCCACAAGUAAAAGGUACAUGAUGCUGUGAACCAUUCAGGCCGAGAGCAUGAAGACAGCCUGUAAGAUGACACCAGCAGGAUGUAAAACAGUCAUUUAACUGUUUCCAGCAGUGAGAAUGGCUUGUAUGCAUCUCCACAGGCUACAGUAAACAAUAUAAUCAACAGUUUGGUUGGCUUAGGUGACCUCCAGCUCACCUUGUGAAAACAUAUUGGUUGUCAAUAUGACUUAACAAGCUGAACAUUUGUCAAUGUGACAUUGCAAGGGUUGUUUAUUAAUAGAAUAGAUUUUAACUUUGCACGCGCGUUGUUGAGAUACUUUGGGUCAAGAUGUUCACCGCAUUGAAGAAGCUGGUCGGAUCUGAAGCAGGGCAGUUCCGGGACAAAAACAUACCUGCUGGCCUGCAGUCCAUGAACCAGAGUCUGCAGAGACGCUUUGCCAAGGGUGUGCAGUACAACAUGAAAAUAGUAAUCCGUGGAGACAGGAACACUGGAAAGAGUGCGCUAUGGCAUCGUCUCCAGGGGAAGAAAUUUAUUGAGGAGUAUAUCCCCACACAGGAGAUCCAGGUCACCAGCAUUCACUGGAACUACAAAACGACAGAUGAUGUGGUGAAGGUUGAAGUCUGGGACGUAGUAGAUAAAGGUCAAAAGAUUCCUCUGCCAGAGGGCAUAGGCAAGGGUAAAAGACGUGGAGAAAAUUUGAAGCUGGAAAACGAGCCUCAAGAGUCAGAGACAGAGAUGGCUCUAGAUGCAGAAUUUCUGGAUGUUUAUAAGAACUGCAACGGGGUGAUCAUGAUGUUUGACAUAACCAAGCAGUGGACAUUCAACUACAUCCUGAGAGAGUUGCCCAAGGUGCCCACACAUGUGCCUGUAUGUGUUCUGGGUAACCAGAGGGACAUGGGUGAACACCGGGUCAUCCUACCCGAUGACACUAGAGACUUUAUCAACAGCCUUAACAGACCUCCUGGCUCUUCCUACAUUCAUUAUGCAGAGUCCUCCAUGAAGAACGGCUUCGGUCUCAAAUACUUGCACCGCUUCUUCAACAUUCCCUUUCUACAGUUGCAGAGGGAGACGCUGUUACGGCAGUUGGAAACAAAUCAGCUUGACAUUGAUGCAACCCUUGAGGAGCUUAAUGUUCAGCAGGAGACCGAGGACCAGAACUAUGACAUUUUCAUGGAAAUGAUGGAGGCACGCAAAGCCUAUGGCUCUCCUGCUCCCUCGAACAGCCAGAGCCCUUCCUCAGGCUCCCAGUCCCCCAUCGUUUUGCCUGGUGCUGCCUCCCCGAGUAACUCCAGCCCCAGCACACCCCAGGCCCCACUCCCUGCCCCUCCUCAGCCCCAUCCUCUACCAGACACCCAUCCUGCACACCUCCCACUUCAGUCCUCAGCACCCCCAGUGCCCAAGAACCACCCUCCCUCACAGACUUCAGAACCCGCUACAGCCACACAUGUUGCCCAAGCAGCUCCUCCUGCUCAGAAACGAGGCUUCAUUUCCCGCCUGUUCGGCUCCUCAACUCCAGAGUCUCCAGACAAACCAGAAACAGCAGCCUUUGAGGCCCUUAAGCCCUCUGGGAAGGUACAAAAUGUGGAUGACUUUGUGCCAGAUGUAGGUCUGGACCGGGGCUUUCUGGAGGACAGUGGAGAAGCAAACAAAUCCAAGAAAAAAGCUCCGGCAGCAGCUCCUGCUCAGGACAGUGACAGUGAUGCAGAGGGGAGAGGCGGGAAUCCACUGGUCUCCGGUUUCCAGGAUGAUUUAGACCCAGACGAUCAAGAGCCAUCCCGGCCUAUGAUUAAAGCAACAGCCCCAAGCUUGGGCAUCACCCUAACAAGUGAUGAAGAAGAUGAGAAGCCUACAUCUACUGCUGCUCACAAUAAGGGCCUCAGCACUGGCUUUGACACAAAAGGAUUCACAGUGAAUUCAGUCAAGCAGCAGUCAACCAAAUCUAAACCCACCGAAAGGCCUCACAGCUUGAAAACAUCAUCCCACUCUCCAGGGCAAAAGCAUGGUCAUAAGGCAGGAGGUACAGUUGAGGCAGAAUCAUCUGAUUCUGAUGAUGAGGGUCCUGUGGCCCACCAGAUCCUUUCCUUUGUUAUGGAUGAUCCCGGCUUUGACAGCAACGAACUUGGUGUUACUGUGAAGCAGAAGUCUCAGUCAUUUCCAGCACGAGAUGACAUUUCCGAGAAGUCAGAUGAUGGUUUUGUAUUAGCUGGGCUUGUGGAUCCCCCAAAAAUUACUCCUUCCCUUUUCAAGAGCCUCAACAGUGACAUUGACCUGUUUGACCUGGGUAUUGAAGAGAGUACACCGAAGGGCAAAGACAGCAGUGAGGACCAGGACGACAUUGACAGCAGGCACUUCUCAAAGGACAAGAAGAAGAAGAAAAAGAAAGACAAGGAGGAGGAUGACAAAAGCAGUAAAAAACGACAUAAACACAAGAAGAAGGACAGAGAGGAGUCUGGGACAAGUGAUGAGAAAGAGAAGAAGAAGAAGAAAUCGAAGAGCAAGAAAUCUGACAACGUGGGUGAUCUGGAGGCCUUCCUUGCAGGAGGCAAGAGUGAGGGAGGAGACUACGAGGAACUGUAGGACUUCAACAGCCCAACCAGGGUUCGCUUUUCAGUAUCAAGAUGACGGUCAGAUCAAGCCAUGCCUGGGUCCUUGUCUGUGUCAUUCCAGCUUUUCUGAAUUCACUUUUCUUUGUUGAAAUCUUUUCAUUUAUCUCCUCUUUACUGUUUUCAGCUGUCCAAGUUUACAAUGCACCAACAGUAAUUAGUUGCACACUUUCAUCAUGUCGGUUAUUUAUUCUUUAUGUGAUUUCACAAGACGAGACUCAGCCCAGUUCAGCUGUAUCAGCUAUUUAUACACGGAAAAAGGAUGUGAAGUUAACUCUACACAUGCAACACUAGAUCCUCAGUAGUUAUUCAUUGUUUUGGAGGAGACAGUGGUAUAAGAAGAAUUUCUCUUGCUGCUUUAAAGAAUAUGAACUAUAUUUGUCAUUUAUGUAUACCUGCCUAUUAUGCUUAGCAAUGAUGCAACAGAUGAUGUUACACAAGGUUUUGAGAUGGGGUGUCAUGAGUCGACUGGGACUCGCACUUCAUUGACUAGUGACUUGACUUAGUAGACUUGAUUCUGACUCAAGACUCGUGAUUCACAAGCUUCUUAUUCGCCUGCUUCUUGUUUGCACCUUCAGUGGUGCAGCAGCUACAUUCUAGUGCUGACAUUCAGCUUUUUGUUCACCAGCUUCUUGUUCAAAUUCUCCCAUUCCACCUUAAAUGGUCAUUAUAAUGCCUCAGGCACAAGAAUGUAACUGCUGAACCAUUUAAGGUGGAAUAUUCAAACAAGAAGCUGGUGAAUGUCUUUAUCAGAAAAUGUUACCAGCAUUAACAGAAUGUGUAUAUUUUAAUAGCCUGAAUAACCUUAUCAGUGGGACAAAUGCUGUACCAUUGCUUGGUUUUAGAACCCAAAUUUGGAGAAUCAUGCUCUUUAUUUAGCAUAUAUGCUGAAGUCUUGUUGACGAAUAAGCAAAAACACACAGAAAAGUUAAAUUUACGUGAUGGCAGAAAACAUGACCACCAUAGACUUUUGAAGGGGGGGGGCAGGUACAGUUGGUUGCAGUCUGCAACCUUACUGAUAGGUUACGCACUGUUCCUUUAGUGCAGUAAAUGAGUGAAUCAUUUAGUUUCUAACACAAUAUUUGUGACUUUACUACAGUCUUGAUUCGACAUUUUUACAAAUCCAUUCUCCUGCAGCUUACAAUGGAGUCAGGUUCUAUAUGUCAAAUUACGAGCACUACAUACAAUAAAUUCUGCAGUAAAUGUUGGCUAGCAAGUAGCUUUGAUAGCAAGGAUGCUAACUAGCACACUAGCCCUUAUAUUUAAAGUUUUAGUAAGUUACAGAUUACCUUCCUUAAUGUAAUACGUAGUAAAAUCUCAGUUGGAUUAGUAUGCUAACUAGCUAACUUCUGCGCUAUAUAGGCUAAACUACAGACUAACCAGUUAUUUCAGGUUGUUUUUGCUUCAUUCCUUCAAGUACUGCAUUUAGCACAUAGAGCUUCAGUUCUGUCAGACUGAAGGUUUUCUUUGAUUAAAGGCUUGUUAUUUGAAGCCAUGUGAAACCUCUUUAUUAGGGUUUACCUGAGAAAAACCUGACAAUGCCCGUAGCUGAUAAUGAUGCUAAACUAUAACACUCCACUAAAGACUUGAAACUCAAAAAAUGCACAAACAAAACAGAUUAAAUUAGGACAAUCUUAAUGCAAUAAAUUAAUAAAGCCUUUAGUUUAUAACAAAUAUACAUGUCACAAACAUGUGCCUGUCAGUUUUGCUGUGGUCAUAAGUAGCCCAGACAGCAGUGCUGUUCUACUGCAGCUCACAGCAGAGUUAAAAAUUGUCUUUCAUUACAGAAGAACCUUCAGUCUAAUGGACAGAACAAAGCAUUACAUGCAUUAAACGUGGUGUUUAAAGAGGCAGAAGAAUUUGAAACUGUUGUCUAGCAUCUUAACAGCAAGUAUGCUUGCUAGCAUGAUGGCUAGAGUUUGUAGUAAACUACAGAUUAUAGUUCUUUAAAAUGUAAAGUUUCAGCUUGGUUAGUUAUUGUGAUAGCUAGAUAGCUAGCUUACAUGCUAUAUAAAUUACAGACUAAACAGCUGCUUCAGGUUGUUUUGCUUCUUUCAGUAAAAUGUCAUAUUUACUGCGUGUAGCACUUCAGCUCUGACAGAGUGAAAGUUUUCUAUAAGGAAAGGCUUGUUAUUUGAAGCCACAUCAAACCUGACAGGUUUUUAUUAUUAGAUUACCUUUGUAAAGUUUGUAGCUGACAACAAUGCUGAAGUAAAAUACUAAAGACCUGGACUUGAUUCGCACUCUACAGACUCAAGAACUGACUUGACAUAAAUCAUCUUCUAUGACAAGGAAUUUACACUACUCCCAUUAGCUUGUUUGUGCGUGUGUUUGUGUUUGUAUAUGUGUGUUUCUUUACCGUCUGAACAUACAUUUUUAUGUUGUUUUCAGCAUUCAGUGUCUUCCAGUUUCAUAUAGAAAUCUGUGUGGCAGUUGUGCCAGACUUCACCUCUUAUUAGUGCAUUUACUGAAUUAGGCUACUACAUAAGCACAUUUGUUAUAAGAGAAAUAUUUUCUGUUCUACUGUAAUGUUUGCUGUUAAUGCCUUAAGUGGUGGUUUGUUUUCACACUAAACAGCAUGUAAGCCUUUACAGGUGGUUGCACUGCGAAUAAUGACAGAAGCCAACUUCCCACUAAAUUGUCUUCAAAGUUUUCACCAUCAGUUAUAUUAAUAACCAAGUAAUAUACUGAUUACUUUGGCAAUAAAAAAUAGGCCUAACUGAACAUUCCAUGCAGAGUCUUUCUAAGACUUCAGAAUACUUUACAUUAAACAUUUAAUAAAGGAAGCUUUUGAAAAUGCUUAAAGAUCAUUCCACUAACCUGCCCUGUCACAUCAAUUUAAAAAGUAAAAAGUCACUUUAAUUCAUGUAACAGUGCAAAGUGUCAUGCUUCAAAUAGUUUUGUGAUUUUUAAGAUUUUUUUUUAACCCCAUUAAACUCUAAAUUGAUCAUCUUAAAUAUUGAGUUUAUUUAUAGAAUGAGUGACAUUUCAAAUAUCGUCACUGUCCAAAGAAAAAGUAUUUCCAAAAUGGUAACUUUACAGGAGGAAAAAUGCCCUUAACUUUGUGUAAGUUAAUGUAAAAAGAUUUUAUUCUAAAUGAUUUUGAGGCAUUUCCAUUGGUCCAAUCAUGAAAUUUUCACACAAGGUAAUGAGAACUGCUGUGUUCGAAUGACGUCGAAAACUAAAAAUCAACAAAAGUGGAGAUCCUUACUUUUCUGAGGACUGUGACUAUAUGUAUCGUGUUAUCUGAAAGUAUAGGCAAAUUCAGUGUAAUGCAUUUUAAAUCAAAAGCCAGAAUUUUAGAAGUCUUAAUCUUUAUUGCCACUUUGAGCCAGUCAUUUCAUGAAUGCCUGGCAGGGCGUAUUUAAAUAUAAUGGUGAAUAAUGUGGAAAUCUUCACUUCAUGUAACAUAACUGCCACCAAGAUAACAAUUUCUUCUGAGGGAAUUACAGUGUUAGGACCCAGCCAGCAAUGGUAUACACUCAUUUCCCACACAGGGUUAAGUACUGUUUAAGCUGUAACUGUACAAGUUGAUCUUUAUUUUGAAAUAAAAAAAACUGAAUUUGUGUAGAGUAUGUAAACCUUCAUAUUUAAGUAACUGUUUAUAUGGUAACCCUUUAUAUGGUGGUCCAUCCGUCCCCCCAGUGGCCAACAACCACCAAAAACUUCAAAAUGUUGUAAAACCACAUUCAGAACAAUAUGAAAUAAUGGAGCCCAUUUUGUUGGAUUUGGUUCAACUUGGCCACUUAUUGGCCACUUGGCCAUUACUACUUAUUAGACCACCAGAUAACAAACUGACAAGCUGAAAAUCAGCAUAUUUUCCUCAAUACCCCUUAUUCUGAGGCAGUUGCUUUAAGUUUUAUUAAAGUACCAAAGCAUCUUGAGUAGAAUUCACUGUGUAAGACACUGGAUAAAGUAAUCAGUUUUCAGUCAAAGCAGCAUAGAGUUAAAGCCACAAUUGGGCAUGUCAGAAGCCAUUUAAACUUUCUUCUACAUCAUGCACUGUAUGUCCAAAUGUUUGUAGACCCUGUCACGUCCAGCAUUUUUUCAAAAAUCAAGGGUUUUCUUUUACCCUUUACUGCAGUAACAGUUUACUCUUCUAGAAAGGCAGCACCAGAUGUUGAAACAUUACUGUGAGGAUUAAAUUGCAUUCAGCCACAUGACCAUUGGUGAUGACUAGUGUUGCCACUCCAUCCCAAAGGUAUUAGACAGAGCCUCAUCACUCUAGAGAACGCUUCUUCUGCUCCACUGCCAAAUGCUGGGGGGGCUUUAUACUUCUCAAGCUGAUGCUUGGCAUUGGACAUGGUGUCUGUAGGCUCAUAUGUGGCUGUUUUUCUCUGGAGCUGUUGUACAAGCUGUUGUAAUGGAGAUGGUACUCCUUUUUUUUUUUUUUUUUUUUUUU